AUGGGGGCGCUUGAUGCAUAUGCUGCUGCUGCUGCUGCUGCUGCUGCUGCUGCUGCUGCUGCUGCUGUGCCUGUGUCUGCUGCUGCAUCUGCCUCUGCUCAUGCUGCGGUUGUUGCUGCUGCGCCUGCCUCUGCUGCUGCUGCUGCUGCUGCUGCUGCUGCUGCUGCUGCUGCUGCUGCUGCUGCUGCUGCUGCUGCUGCGGCUGCUGCUGCUGCUGCUGCUGCUGCUGCGGCGGCGGCGGCUGCUGCUGCUGCUGCUGCUGCUGCGGCGGCGGCGGCUGCUGCUGCUGCUGCUGCUGCUGCGGCGGCUGCUGCUGCUGCUGCUGCGGCGGCGGCGGCGGCUGCUGUCCAUCCACCCGGUGAUGCCCGCUGGGGAGCGUUCGGCGCUUCAGAAGCUAAGCGGGGCAAGUGUGCAGGAUCGAGCAACGGAGGAAAUGGGGAUGGAGGAGGAGGUGUGGUGGACCGAGAAGGGGGGCAGGAGAAUGGACCCUGA